AGAGUCUCCCCUACCGCUCUCCCCCCAGCCCGGAGCCCCAGGCGGGGACCCCGGGAUCCAACGUCCCCACGCCUCCGGGCACCUGGCUCAGCAGGAGUCCCCCGGGUCGGGGCAGGGCAGGGCCGGCGGCGACGAGCCGGAGCCCGCCCAGCACCCGGGCCCCGCCGAGCCCUCGGAACCCACCCAUGGGACACCAGCACCUUGUAUCCCCUCGCCCGGCUGCGCCCAGCCCGGCGCUCAGAGCAGCACAGAGGAGGAGCCUGGCGCAGUGACCCAGGGCCCACCGCAAUCUCUGGAAGGCUCCGCAGCCGGGGAGGCAGGCUGUUCCCCGCACCUCCAGGCGCUUCCAGGCAGCCCUCCGAGCCGAACCAGAGGUCCAGUCCGCCAUUCACAGCCCCGAGCCAUGAUGAAGACCUUGUCCAGCGGGAACUGCACGUUCAGUGUGCCCGCCAAGAACUCGUACCGCAUGGUGGUGCUGGGCGCCUCGCGGGUGGGCAAGAGCUCCAUCGUCUCUCGUUUCCUCAACGGCCGCUUCGAGGACCAGUACACACCCACCAUCGAGGACUUCCACCGGAAGGUCUACAACAUCCGAGGCGACAUGUACCAGCUGGACAUCCUGGACACGUCCGGCAACCACCCCUUCCCCGCCAUGCGCAGGCUGUCCAUCCUCACAGGCGACGUCUUCAUCCUGGUGUUCAGCCUGGACAACCGCGAGUCCUUCGACGAGGUCAAGCGCCUGCAGAAGCAGAUCCUGGAGGUCAAGUCCUGCCUGAAGAACAAGACGAAGGAGGCGGCGGAGCUGCCCAUGGUCAUCUGCGGCAACAAGAACGACCACAGCGAGCUCUGCCGCCAGGUGCCCACCACCGAGGCCGAGCUGCUGGUGUCGGGCGACGAGAACUGCGCCUACUUCGAGGUGUCGGCCAAGAAGAACACCAAUGUGGACGAGAUGUUCUACGUGCUCUUCAGCAUGGCCAAGCUGCCGCACGAGAUGAGCCCCGCCCUGCACCGCAAGAUCUCUGUGCAGUACGGUGACACCUUCCACCCCAGGCCCUUCUGCAUGCGCCGCGUCAAGGAGACGGAUGCCUACGGCAUGGUCUCGCCCUUCGCCCGCCGCCCCAGCGUCAACAGUGACCUCAAGUACAUCAAGGCCAAGGUCCUUCGGGAGGGCCAGGCCCGGGAGCGGGACAAAUGCACCAUCCAGUGAGCGGGAGGGAUGCUGGGGUUGGGCUGGGGCUGUGCCUUACGGGAGGUGGCCCCAGACGCCCGCAUCCCCCCAUGAGAACUCAAUGGCAGUCGUAUUGGAAGAGGUUUGGCACCAGCGUGGAGGACCCCGGCCGUGAACCUCUCUCUGUACCUUCUCUGGCCUUCCUGCCACUUCCCUCCGAUUCCAUGCUCCCUGUGGUUUCAGCUCUCCCGUGUGGAGAUGGCUCUCCGCAGAGCGGGAGACGAGGUUGGGAGACACCUGGACUCCUGUGAGGACCCAGGGCAGAGCCUCCUGUCCUUGGGUUAUAAGAAGCACUGAUGCCGCAGGGGACAGGACGCCUGUGGUGAGAGGAUGAAAGCGGCCCCCGGGGCCAGGUGGGAGAGCACUCUGCUGUCCUGGCGUGAGACCCAGCUUGGUUUAGGCGGCAGCUAGGAGACUGCCCCCCACCCCCCCGAGACUCCCAGUGUGGAGACUUGCCCUCUGGCUCAGCUGCUUCCACCCUUGACCGCCCCACCCCACCCCACGUUGGUCCCUGAGUGUCCCUGACAUCCAGCCAGGAGCAUCUGUGCGUUUGAAGGGGAGGCAGCCACGUCUCCUAGGCCACGUCCAGCUCCUGGGCCACCUUCCUGGUCCGCCCCCUCUCCCAGGUCCCUCCCGUCUGCUGGGUGUGCCGUGCCGUUCCAGCCAUUCUCAUGUCCUGUGUAGCUGUAGUGUAGACUGGGAAUCCUCGUACUGUAAAGCCCAGCGACCCCUCAUUGGCCAGGCCCCCCCAGGUCAGACCCCCCACCUCCCCUGCUCCCCAGUGGGGCUCCCGCCUGGCCUGUCUGCAGCUGGACACUGCCCUCCAUACUGACUUCACAGCUUACGCUCGCCCAGGUGGGGCCGGCUGCCGGGACCACCGCUGCCCCAGCCCCCUGCCCCCACCACGCGGCUCAGUCAGGACAGGGCUCCGCCUGGAGCCAGGCUCUUCUCGACUGUGCUUGUUCCUCAAGCAUUUAUUGAGCACCUGCUGGGUGCCGCGUCCCCUGUGUGCAGGGAAACCCGAGGGUGAGCGAUGCACUUUACAACCCCAAGGCCAGGGCCUUCCCCAGGCCCGGCCUCCUCCCCUUCACCCAGCUGGCCUCUGCCCGCCCUGCUGUCCCUCUGCCUGCUGCACACGCAGCUGUCGGGAGGCUUGGAGGAGCAGCCUGGGGCCGGAGCUGAGCCUGGGCGAGGUUUGGGUGGUGUUUUCUCACGCCUGCCUGGGGAUGGGGCUGUACUGGGUACGGGGCCUGGCAGGAUUUGAACCUCUAGACCAAAGCUCUUGUCAUCAGCUCUUAACAAACACAUUUUGUAUUUUAGUCUCCAGAAACAUAUUGAUGUUUAGGGCCAUAAGGAACCUUAGUGGUCAUCUAGUGACUCUUCCCAAGGCCCAGAGAGGGUAAGUCGGUUGCCCCAGGUCACACAGCAAGUCUACGAGUGGCAGAAGCAGGGCUAGGGCUGGGCGCUCAGCACACACCGUGAUGUGCAUCCUUUCCUCGAGCUGCCCCUGAAGGCCGCUGCAGAUUCUGUGUACGUGUGCCCAUGUAUGGAAUGUACACACACGUGAACACACAAACACACAGGGCCUGGCCCCAGCUCUGCUCACCCUCCACCCUUCCCCAGCCCCUGCUGCUCAGGGCAGCAGUGCUGACCCUGCUUCUGUGUCCCCACCCAGCCCUACCUGGACCCUCUAAGCAGACCAGGUACCUUGGCCAGGACGGGUGUGUGGCCUGGUCUCACCCAGAUCUCUGUGAGCAUUCUCAAUUAAAAUGGGUUUGUUUCUAA